CUUUCACAACCAAAACACCUUCAUUUCCUGGACUGGAGUCCUUCCAGUGCUGUCAGGUCGAAUCAUGGAUGAGAACCGGAGUAGCUCAAGGCCGGCAUCUUCCCAGUGCCAUUCCCCUCCCGCGGGUCCCUGGAGAAACAUGGUGGAAUAUUUCAAGAAACUUAUCAAGAACUCAGUAUCAUCAAAGUUUCAGGCAUGGAUAAAGGACUACUGCAAAAGGAACGGCUUGCUCACCUUGUCAGUGUUAGCUGUAAUGUCAGGCUGCGUGGUCGGAUUCGGGUUGAGAAGUUUGAACUUGUCGACACAGGCAAAAAUCUACUUUUCUUUUCCUGGAGAGCUUCUAAUGAGAAUGCUGAAAAUGUUGAUUCUUCCUCUCAUCACAUCCAGUUUAAUGUCUGGCUUGUCUGCUAUGGACACUAAGGCCAGUGGACGCCUGGGCCUCCUCACCAUCACAUAUUACCUGUGGACUACCUUCAUUGCUGUAAUUGUGGGGAUUAUUCUGGUGCUGAUCAUUCAUCCUGGAACUGGUACUGAGAAAGAGGGACAUAAAGCUGCAGGAGGGCCAGUGAUGACGUCUGCCGAUGCCCUGCUUGAUUUGAUCAGGAACAUGAUUCCAUCCAAUCUGAUUGAAGCCACAUUUCAGCAGUAUAAGACAGAUCUUGUUCAAAAUUUAAAGAAAAGUGCAAAAUCAUCACAAGCCAACUUUGUGUACAUCAUGCCAGACUAUGAAAACCCCAAGAUGGGUCACCCAGUGUUUCUGGAACUCACUCCUCCUCCUGAAAUCCACUAUAAGAUCGUACCAGGGAAAAGCAAUGGGAUGAAUGUGCUAGGAAUCGUCAUUUUCUCUGCCACUAUGGGUCUUCUGCUUGGUAGAAUGGGAUCCAGAGGUUCACCACUGGUGAAUGUGUGUCUUUGUAUCAAUGAAUGUGUCAUGAAAAUCAUCAAUGCUGCUAUGUGGUACUUCCCAUUUGGAAUCGUAUUUCUGGUUGCUGGGAAAAUCCUGGACAUGCAUGAUCCUGCAGUCCUUGCGGAGAAGCUGGGAAUGUACUUCAUCACUGUUCUGGCGGGGCUGUUCGUGCAUGGGGUGAUUUUGCUGCCGACGUUCUUCUUCCUGUUUACCAGGAAAAACCCCUUUAGCUAUAUCCGUGGCCUCCUCCAGGCUCUGGUUAUUGCAUUGGCAACUUCAUCCAGUUCAGCUACUCUGCCCAUUACAAUGAAGUGCUUACUGGAAAACUGCCACGUGGAUCGGAAAAUCGCUCGGUUUGUGCUUCCUGUGGGUGCUACUAUCAAUAUGGAUGGCACAGCACUAUAUGAGGCAGUGGCAGCCAUCUUCAUUGCACAAGUCAAUGAGUACGAGCUUGACUUUGGACAACUUGUUACUAUUAGUAUCACAGCUACUGCAGCAAGCAUCGGAGCAGCUGGAAUCCCUCAGGCUGGUCUUGUUACCAUGGUUAUCGUCCUUACCUCCGUGGGUUUGCCUCCAGAUGACAUCUCACUCAUUGUAGCUAUCGACUGGAUCCUAGACCGAUUUCGAACAAUGAUCAACGUGCUUGGAGACGCUUUAGCCGCAGGAAUCAUGGCUCACGUGUGCAGAAAGGACUUUCAGAAAGACGGCCCAUCCACAGCCAACUCAGAGAGAAGAGAUACUGUGAUAUCUUUUGGAAACCAAAGUGUGCAAAGUUUUCCCACAUCUGAAGUUCCACUACUGGCUAACAGGGACUACAUCUUAGAGGUUGUCGGCGAUCAGGUGAUCGAGAGGCCGACUACCUGUUACAACCUCUGCCAAGUCUAACUUUGACAGACGAUACCAAGCAGGAACAGAAGCUGCCUUGACUUCACAAAAACCUUCCCCCUUUUCCUCCCCUUUGUUGUACAUUUGUGCCAUUGUCUUUUUACAUCACAGAUGUUACUGUUACCUCAACAGUCGCCUUUGGUGAACUUGAAAAAUGAGGACAUUUGAGUGCUUUUGACACCUUAACUUGGGGGUUUUGUAAAUUACAAAAACAUGUUUGGUUUUUUUUAAAUGUUUAUCUUUUAGAAUUGCCUUAAAAUGCAAUAGUUAAUGACAGUACAACUAAAACUAGGCCACAACAAUAAAACCAUGUCCAAAGAGGAAACAUUACACAACUAUUAAGUCAACUGGGGCUCCAAUUAUGGAUCAUCAGUUGCCUUGUCAGUGUACGGUGACAACAAAGUGAUUUUUUUUAAUGACUGUAAGAACAGCAAUGGUGCAUCUCUUCAUUUCUUAUCUUCAGAGCGCACAAUCCCUGUUCAUUUCAAGUGGGAUGGAAUUUAGAUCAUGUUUGUUUGUUUUCUUAAUACAUUUUUUUUUA